AUGAGUGAGGAGAAACAUGAGAAACUGGGGGCGGGGGAGGUCGACGGUGAAGAGUCACCAAAGAAGAGAUGCAGGGAUGAGUCCAGCAGCGAGGGCACGUCGAGCAGGGAUGAGACGGACGUAGCGAAGGAAUCUCAAGAUACAGAGAAGCAACCGCCCAAGAAACUGAAGCUGGCGCAGGAAGAUGAACAAGUUGUGGAAGAGCCUACGGAAAAGCCCAAGUUCGUGUUUGGGGCAGCGACAAGUUUCGGAUCAGGGUUCAAGAUGGUCAAUAAGGACUCAGAGGCGUCACCAGACUCGUCUGCCCAGAAAGAGGAUACAGUAGAAGCGGAGAAGAAGGAACUCCGGACGAAACCGUUUGCGUUUGGGUCCAAGUUCUCCUUCGGUAGUGGGUUUAACGUGUUGAAGAAAACAGAAGGCACACCAGAGACUGGAGACAACACCCCGCACGAAUCGUCCCCAGAGAAUAAAUCAGGGGUGAGCGGCGACGAGCGGUCUAGUACCGCUCCACCAGCAGACAAAGAGGAGCAUUUGAAGUUGCACAAACAGGACGUUCAAACUGGUGAGGAAAACGAAACUUGUGUCUACCAGACGAACGCGAAAUUGUUCCAACUACAGGAUAUCAAGAGCGGAUGGAAGGAGAGAGGGUUCGGCGCAGUUAAGAUCAAUAAAAACGACGCCACAGGUAAGUACCGGCUUCUGAUGAGAGCAAGAGGGGUUUUAAAGGCUAUAAUGAACCUGCCCAUAGUCAAAGGCUACACAGUGGAGAAGGGGUUCGGCGGAUCUCUGCAGGGCGAAAGGUUUAUAAGAAUCCUUGCCGUUGACGGAAAUAACAAGCCCAUCACAUAUGCAUUGAAGACUCACAGUGAAGACAUCGCUAACGAUCUUUAUGAUCACAUCAAGGAGGUACUCAAAUAG